GGGUUCAUCAAAUCCAUAUAGCUUGCAGCCUUUCCAUUGAAUCGUUUCAUUGCCGCUAGACAACAGUAACAACAACUGAACCACCUUGGUAACCUUCUCUUCUCAACAAGUAGCAACAUGCUGGUUCACUCUGUUCUAAGCCUGAUCGCCUUCCCAGCCGUCGCUCUGGGCUCUUCUUUCACUGCAAAGACAAUUGGGCAACUUCCUCUUGGCACAUGGUUGGAGAAUGUUGCUGUGCGCUCUAAUGGCGACCUCCUGGUAACGGAACUCUGGCCCUCGGCGACUGUCUAUACUGUCGUCAACCCAGCAGACUGCAAGUCUGGUCUUGAAGAGCUGGUCACGUUCCCCUCUAUCACCGGACUUCUUGGUAUCGCCGAGGUACCCAAGAGCCCUGGAAAGCCUGAGACCUUCAUUGCUGUUGGCAGUGAAGCGACUGCUCUUAGCCACUUAACGCCAGGAACCUUUGAAGCUUGGGCUAUCGAGUUUCCUAAUCGACGACACCAGCCCAAGGUGAAGGUCAGAAAGAUCAGCGACAUGACCAAGAAGAGCGCUUUUCUCAACGGCGUUGCCGCUAUCCCGGGCAGGUCAGAUGCUGUCCUAGUAUCCGACUCUGUCGCUGGGUUCGUCGGGCGCCUGGAUCUAUCUACGGGUGUCUUUGACGAUUCGGCAUUUGUGUUCCCCGAGAUGGCCCCUAUAUCAGCUGAUGCUUUCGGAAUCAAUGGUAUCAAGGUCCGCGACAGCUACCUGUACUUCACGAAUUCCAACGCUGUCAAGAUAUACCGCAUUGCAAUCACACCAGCUGGGUACCCGAAAAAGGGAGCCAAGCCUCAACUCGUCGCAGAUCUUUCGAGCGGUGUUGGGUUCUUCGAUGACUUCGAGUUUGACACGAAUGGUAAUAUCUAUGCCGCUACCAAUUUUGACAAUUCGAUCGUCUUUGUUGAUGUGAAGACUGGGAAAUGGAGAACUGUCGUCGGGGGUAUUCACGAGAUGACAGUUGCGGGUUCGACUGCUGCAGCAUUUAGUUAUGGGAAGAAGGGGGAGAAGACCUUGUAUGUUUCCACAUCGGGUGCACUUGCAAAGCCUGUCGAUGGAACCAAGACAGAGGGUGCCAAGGUUGUUGCUGUGAAGAUUCGCUCGUAGAGAUUACUGAACCCUUCUACUUGAAGAGGUAAAGAACGAUUGGAACAGUGGUAUUAAGACAGACUGAGGAGCGGGAAGUGCCAGAACCUAUUCGUUAUACAUCUGUUAUAGCAAACAGAGUUUUCCAAAGCCGAAAAUUCCCAAGGGCUUAUGAGGAAAGGCACAAGUCUGGAC